UCAUACUUGAAAAGCUUAGACCAUAAGUUUCUCUUUUUAGUUAACUGUUCAAUGUUGUCUUUGUUUCCUUUCUGAACUACCUUUUCUAAUUUCUGGCUGUUCAAGAACGAAAUGAAAUUUAAAGCCAACAAACCAUCCUUACUAUAUAUCCUUAAUUUUUGUGUGACAUUUAACCGAUGAAAUAAAGGACAAAGACGUCACUACCACGGAUUCAAUUACAAGUCACUGUUUAGCUUACUUUAUAAAUAAUGAAGAAGAAUGAUCCUUGAGUUAUCACUCAAUAUUGUUUGUUCUUGAAUGAGUAGGAAAAAAUGAAAGCUAACUCUGUUUUAACUCUUUCUCUAAUUUUGUGCUGUCUAAGUGCCCAACAAUAUUGUUAUGCAGGAGAAGCAGAUGUUUUACGUGAAUUUCUCAAGGCUCGACCGGCAAAAACAACAAGUAUUAUUAACCACGGCCUAGCAGCUUCUGAGAAACAGAGAUCAGUGUCAGAACUCAUAGUGCCACAGGCAGGAUCAAAGGAAAAUGAUAAGAUCUCAGCACUGCCAGAGCAACCAAGUGCAGUCAGGUUUAAUCAAUAUGCAGGAUAUGUUACUGUUGAUGCAAAUGCUGGUAGGGCCUUGUUCUAUUACUUGGCUGAAUCAUCUGGUGACCCUUCGACAAAGCCUCUUGUUUUGUGGCUAAAUGGAGGGCCUGGUUGCUCUUCAUUAGGGGCUGGGGCAAUGACUGAACUUGGACCGUUCCGCGUUAAUAAUGAUGGAAAAACCUUAUGGCUGAACCAAUUUGCAUGGAACAAUGUGGCGAACAUCCUCUUUUUAGAAUCACCAGCUGGUGUUGGAUUCUCUUACUCUAAUACAUCAUCAGAUUAUACUACUGGAGACGAAAAAACUAGAAAAGACAGUUUCACCUUUCUCCUCAAUUGGAUGGAAAGAUUCCCAGAAUAUAAACAUCGAGAUUUCUAUAUUGUUGGAGAAAGUUAUGCUGGCCACUAUGUGCCUCAACUUGCUCAGCUGGUCUUAUCCCACAGGAAAACAGAGCCCAACCUUGUUAUUAACUUGCAAGGAAUAGCUACAGGGAAUGCCCUCCUAGACGAUGAAACAAUGAGGAGGGGUUCAUACGACUUUUAUUGGACACAUGCACUAAUAUCAGAUGAAGUCCAUGAUGGAAUUGUCAAGAAUUGCAACUUCUCAGCAGAGACAACCUCAGAAGCUUGUGACGAGUACAUUAAGCAAGCAGGUUCAUCUCUAGGAAACAUAUAUGGCUAUGACAUUUAUGCCCCACUGUGCAACCCUAAUGCCACUUCACUUCCUGUAUGUGGAUUUGAUCCAUGUUCAGACAAUUAUGUAAACUCUUAUCUAAACUCUGCUGAAGUACAAAAGGCACUUAAUGUCAGAGGAAUACCAUAUUCCUGGGCUCCUUGCAGUACAGACUUGACUUGGCAGGACUGGCCGCCUACUGUUCUACCGAUCUUUCAGGGGCUCAUGAAAAGUGGAAUUAGGGUUUGGAUAUAUAGCGGAGAUACAGAUAAUGUUUUGGCUGUAACAACGACUAGAUAUGCUAUAAAAAAAAUCAAGACAGCAGUGAAAACACCGUGGUACCCUUGGUACUUCCAAGGCGAGGUUGGUGGUUAUGCAGUGGAAUACGAGAACUUGACAUUUGUUACUGUAAGAGGAGCUGGACAUUUCGUUCCAAGCUAUCAACCUGGUCGUGCAUUGACCAUGUUCUCAUCCUUCAUCAAUGGCACACUCCCUCCCUCGUCAUACAUAAAUCAUCAUUCAUGAAAAAUGACAUGAAUGAUACAAAAAUCAAUUAUCAGUCAUGACAACGUCUGUUUCUUAUAAUAAAAUAAAAAGUACGUACUAGUUAUGCAGAUGCCAUUCCAGAUGUUAUCUUGUUGCACAUUGAAGAGUUUCAUUUUUACCUGCAAGGUUAGAUCAACGCAUAACGAACAAAGACUUACUAUAA